AUGGACGACAAAUAUCGGGCUUUCGACUUUGUCCUGACCUGUGCGGGAAUCCACAUUUUCUCCCGACGAAAAUGGGAUUCGAAGGCAAAAUUUGCUCAUCAGAUUUGCAACUCCAUAGUUGCCGUACUCACUUGUAUUUUUACAACAGGAUUUUUAGUUGUAGAGACAGAUGUCAUUCUUUGGAUUGAAGGUGUUUGCAUUUGGAUCACUGGAGCCAUAAUGUAUAUGCUCGUGGGGUUAUCCUUAGUAUACCGGAAAGAAUUUCGUGAAUUCCUCGAGGAGAUGAUCUUUAGAGAUGGGUUGAUGGAUAUGCCUAUAAUCGAGCACGCGAUGAAGUCGACGAGUGAAGGGAAACUGAACGAGCUGAAAGGGCUUGUGAUUAAAACUGAGGAAAAGUUGGUGAAAUAUCCGAGCUUGCUUCUGAAAUCGUAUGCUUGCAGUACGUCGUCAACGGCGGUAAUGUAUGUUUGCGAUGCGAUCUAUCAAAUGAUUGUGAGAGAAGAUGAAUCAUUACGACUUUUUGGUUUCAACAUGUGGUUCCCUUGGAAACUGGAAAAUUUUAACGUGUACAUAGCCACGUUCAUAUUUCACGCAUAUGCUGGAUUUAUCUGCAUAUUGGUUUUCCCAGGAGUACAAACUACAAUCAUUCUUCUGAUGGGACAGAUGGUAAGACAACUUCAUGUUCUGACCUUCAUUGUGCUUCAUUUGGACGAUCUAGUGAUGGAAAUGGUCCACGUAAGAGGUGAAAGAUGGCAAGAAGAGUGUACUGCCAUUUUGUCUCAAUGUGUAGAUCAGUAUGUGAAAGUUAAGAGAUUUGGCAACAGAUUAAAUUCAAUAUGUCGAUCAUUCUACUUGAUUUUGAUUUUAGAUGCCAUUGUCUUGGUUUGCGUUUGUUCAGUUAAAGUUGCGAUUUCACAUAAGUUGUCACACGAAUUAAUAAAAUAUGUGAUGCAUGAGUUCUUCUUCACUCUGAUGGUGUUACAAUUCUGUGUGAUGGGACAACAGAUACAAAAUGAGUGCGACAAAUUAGAAAUGGCCGUCUUAGAGAAAUGGUACAUUUUCAAUAAGAAACAUCGAACUCACGUAAAGAUAUUCCACAUGGCUGUAAUUCAGAGAAUGCCAAUUUACAUAUUCGGCACCAUCCCGCUAUCUCUGCCUACUUUCAACUGGUUUCUCAAGACCGGAAUGUCGUUUUUCACAUUAGUGAUGUCAGUAUUAGAAGAUUAGAAUUGAAAUGAUGCACUCCUAAAGGUCGAUAAAUAUGCGUAGUUUCUUUUGGCGUGAUUUAUCGCAAUUGACACUAAUCACUUGGCCGGAAUAAAUAUGGAGAGAAUUUAGAGUAGA